GCUGAAAGCCAAGAAGAGAGGCAGGAUAACAGGUCAGGAGGGGGACCCAGAGGAAUUGGGGAAGCUAAACAAAAAAUUUAAUCAUUUGAAAAUCUAUGCAGCCGAUGGAUGUGCUACAAAACUUUGAAAAAACGUUUUCUUUUUGAGACACGGACAUGGUUGAGGAAAUAGCUCGUAGUUAGCGUUUUAAAACGGGAGCGCAAGCUAAGUUGGGCUUUAAGUUUGCAGUGGCUACCGCCCCGGUAUAGCCUUACCUCUCCCAGGCUCAGGGCCUUCUCAUUACUCUCACAGCAAACCUUGGUCACUAAAGAUGGUGUCGUGGAUGAUUUCGAGAACCGUUGUGCUGGUGUUUGGGACUCUGUAUCCAGCAUACUAUUCCUACAAAGCAGUGAAAACCAAAAAUGUCAAGGAAUAUGUCCGCUGGAUGAUGUAUUGGAUCGUGUUUGCUCUCUACACCGUAGUGGAGACCGUCACAGACCUCACAGUCGCCUGGUUCCCUCUGUACUAUGAGAUUAAGAUAGCGUUUGUCAUCUGGCUACUGUCCCCCUACACCAGAGGAGCUAGCCUCAUCUACAGGAAGUGUCUCCAUCCACUGUUGUCCUCACGAGAGAGGGAGAUAGACGAGUACAUUGUCCAAGCCAAGGAGCGCAGCUAUGAGACCAUGGUGAACUUCGGCAAGCAGGGCCUUAGUAUAGCAGCUACUGCAGCUGUCACAGCAGCUGUCAAGGGCCAGGGGGCCAUCACUGAGAAACUGAGGAGCUUCAGUAUGCACGACCUGACCCAGAUACCCCUCGAUGACGCGGCGUCCAAUCAGAUCUACACAGCCCACGCCGGCAACCCUGCCAUGAGUAGGAGGGCACAUAACGCGACCGCUACCGACGGCUCAGAUUACUAUUCAUAUGACCAGGAGGAGAGAACUGAUGAAGAGGGGGAACAGAUGUUUUCAGAGGAUGAAGCUGUGACCCAGAAAGGACUGAGGAGGUCCCAGAGUGUCAAGAUUACCCGUUCCAAAGCCCGCAAAGAUGCCCGAUAUGGAUCUCUGAAGAUCAAAGGGAAGCGAAGGCCAGUGCUGAGCGCGGCUACCUACACAGCAAUGUAGAGACUACAUCAGGAAGGGACAGUUGACCGAAUAUCAUGGACUGGGCCAAAAUGUCACCGUAUUCCCAAUAUAGUGCUCUACCUUUCGCAAGAGACCACGGAGCUUUGGUCAAACCUAGUCUAGUACUAGGGGAAUAGGGUGCCAUUUGGGACAUACCACAAUUGAGUCGACACUCCAGGGGGCUUCUGAACCCCCCGACAUCUGUCAGAUACCAGCGCCGAUCGUGUCACACUAUGAUUCUGUGGAGGACUACGCCGUGGGGAUGACCCAAGUGUUUUUAAAUGGUGGUGGCUCAGUUAUUCUAUUCAUGCUGAGAACAAACAUAUCUUUUUCAUCUUUUCUAUCUACACAUAUUUAUUACGUAACUCUUAUAAUAUGUACGCUGACCGACGCUGUUCACAUAAAACACUUGGCAAUGUUCUGCACCGGCUGGACACCCCAAGGAUCUUGGUUUUUAUUUGUCUUUAGUUUGGAGUGUUUGUUUUUGCAUGGAUUUUCUUCUGAAUGAUUUUCUUUUAGGCGUGGGCGAGAAGGUUUUAGUGUCUGUAUUUUACUGCUGCAAUUUCUUUUUGUUGUGGGUUUAAAAAAAAAAAAUGCUUUACUUUUUUUAUGCUGCCUUACAGAUGUAGUAUUUUGAGUUUAGUGAAUGGUGGGAAGCAUCCUAAUUAUUAUAGUAAUAUUAUAUAUUAAGAUUAGUCAUUUUUCUGACACACUUGAAAAGAUUUUUACAAACAGCUGACCAAAAGUUUAUUUCCCCCUCCAGGAGGAGUGCGUAACCAUGACAGUGGCGGGGAGGAGGAUUUCUGUGUUGUUUUGUUGAGUUAUGUUUGUGAUGGAGUUGAACAUUUUGUGAAACUUUCCCCAAAUUCCUAGGUUUGCCUGACAUCUGGUUCAGAUUUUGGGCUUCACUUGGAUAUUUGGGAAGGUUACCAGAAUAUUGCAGCCCUGGUUUGUAUUGAUCAUAAAUGGCUUGUCCAGUCUGACUGUAAUUUGUGUUAACUUUGGAACAAUGUUUUUAUAUGUGUGUAUAUAUAUAUAUAUAUAAUUAACCUUUUUGCACAUUCUUCUUCCAAACUUUUGAUCUUUGUAAUGCUUAAUGUCAUCUCAGUUUUAGGAUUUAACUUCUGGGAAACUUAAUCAGAUGUCAUGAACCCCUACUAACACCAAAGCUUUAUCUACUAAACCCCCAGCGUGAGGGGCCAAGUUGAAUGUAUGAUAGGGUGAGAUGUACAAAUGCAUAACCAUUUUGAAUAAAGUUUGAUGAGUCAUUG